AUGACUUGCACAAAGGUGCAAGAUGUGGGCCUGGGGCAGUGCAGGACUGCUAUAAAAGGCAGCCCAAGCCUCUGCUCUCUCACCCACUUCUCUCACCUCCUUCUCCUUGGGAAUCAGGUGCCCCUGUGAGCCAGAGACAUGUCGUGCUGCCAGCCCUGCAACCCUUGCUGCCAGCCCUGCGGCCCCACCCCGCUGGCCAACAGCUGCAAUGAGUGCUGUGUCAGGCAGUGCCAGGACUCCACCGUAGUCAUCCAGCCCUCCCCCGUUGUGGUGACCCUGCCUGGGCCCAUCCUCAGCUCCUUCCCACAGAACACCGCCGUGGGAUCCUCCACCUCCGCUGCCGUUGGCAGCAUCCUCAGCUGUGACGGAGUGCCCAUCAACUCCGGGGGCUUUGACCUCUCCUGCAUCACCAACCGCUAUUGUGGCAACAGAUGCCUUCCCUGCUAA